CUCUUCCCAGCAGGCCAGUGCGUCCCGGGCCCUGCAGCCCUGCUCGGCCUCUCUUUGCAGCCAGGCCUCACAGGACGAAGGGAGCUCACUCGAGGCUGGAGGAACUGCCUGGAGCUGAGCUGCCGUGAGGGACGAAGGGCUGAUUUUCCCACAGUUCUGGACUUUCAGCUUGCUGUAGUCAAAGCUGAAGAAAAGUGGGGUGUGACAAGGUGCCUAGAAAAAGGAUCGCUGCCUAACAGGAGAUGAUUGCAGUCCUACCUUGCACAGCCAUCGCUGCCAUUCUAUUCAGGACGUACUUCCUAAUGGCAUUGACUUCAUGUUUACUCUGGAACAUAUUUGGCUUUAGUACAGCUGUGGAUUCUAAACCCAACAUACUUUUGUUCCUUGCUGAUGAUCUUGGCAUUGGCGAUGUAGGAUGUUAUGGGAACAAUACCAUAAGGACCCCAAACAUUGACCGCCUGGCAAGAGAAGGAGUGAAGCUUACUCAGCACAUUGCCGCAGCUCCACUCUGCACCCCAAGCAGAGCAGCUUUUCUCACUGGCAGAUACCCCAUCAGAUCAGGGAUGGCUUCCAGCAACCGAUACCGAGCACUGCAGUGGAAUGCUGGGUCAGGAGGGCUCCCUGCAAAUGAAACAACUUUUGCCAGACUUCUACAGCAACAAGGCUAUACCACUGGGCUGAUAGGAAAGUGGCAUCAAGGUGUAAACUGUGAAUCCUUCAGUGAUCAUUGCCACCAUCCUCUAAAUCAUGGGUUUGACUACUUUUAUGGCAUGCUUUUUACACUUCUAAACAACUGUCAAGAAAACAAACCUCCAGAGCUGGAUGUAGCCCUUCAAGCCAAGCUUUGGCUUUACAGUCAGAUAAUUGCCUUCGCUGUGCUUACUCUUGCUGCUGGAAGACUGACUGGUUUGGUUUCCAUCCGCUGGAAGAUAAUUGCCUGUUUCACUUUGGCGGGCUGCCUUUUCUUCAUUUCUUGGUACUCCAGUUAUGGCUUUGUGCAGCGUUGGAACUGCAUCCUGAUGAGGAACCAUGAUAUCACUGAGCAGCCAAUGAGGUUAGAGAGGACUGCCUCCCUCAUGCUGAAGGAGGCAAUAUCAUUUAUCAAAAGAAACAGAAACGGACCAUUCCUUCUCUUUGUUUCCUUUCUUCAUGUUCACACACCCCUCUUCACCACAGUGAAGUUUCUUGGGAAAAGCCAUCACGGUUUGUAUGGAGACAAUGUGGAAGAAAUGGACUGGAUGGUGGGCAAAAUUUUAGAUUUGCUUGACAAGGAAGGUUUGAAAAAUCAUACGUUCACAUACUUUGCCUCUGAUCAUGGAGGACACUUGGAAGCUCAGGAUGGUUCUGCCCAGAUGGGUGGCUGGAAUGGCAUUUAUAAAGGUGGAAAAGGCAUGGGAGGUUGGGAAGGAGGGAUCCGUGUGCCAGGAGUAUUCAGGUGGCCAGGAGUGUUACCUGCAGGCACAGUUAUCAAUGAACCUACAAGUCUGAUGGAUAUUUUUCCCACAGUUGUUCAUCUGGCUGGAGGAAUAUUGCCUCAGGACAGGGUAAUCGACGGACGAAACUUGAUGCCUUUACUCCAAGGAAGAACUCAAAAGUCAGAGCAUAAGUUCCUCUUUCACUACUGUGGAUCCUACUUGCACGCAGUGCGGUGGCACCAAAAAGACAGGGAAGCCAUGAAGUUUACCAGGGAAGACAGCGGUAAGAAAAUGAGCUGCCUAAGCAUUUGGCUCAUUUUGUGCUUGUUUCUAAGAAGCUGUGUAUCAAGUCCUCCAAAACCCAAUUUUCUACUGAUACUGGCUGAUGAUCUUGGGAUUGGAGAUGUGGGUUGUUAUGGCAAUGAUACUAUCAGGACACCUCACAUUGAUGGUCUGGCAAAGGAAGGAGUGAGACUUACUCAGCACAUUGCUGCAGCUGCUGUCUGUACUCCCAGCAGAGCAGCCUUCCUGACUGGCAGAUACCCCAUCAGAUCAGGCAUGGCAUCCAGCACAGAACGGCGCAUUCUUUUUUGGAAUGGAUGUUCUGGUGGACUCCCACCAAAUGAAACUACUUUUGCCAGAGUACUGCACCAGCAAGGUUAUUCUACAGCACUUGUAGGGAAGUGGCAUUUGGGUGUGAACUGCAAAUCCCACCGUGAUCACUGCCACCACCCUUUAAAUCAUGGUUUUGAAUAUUUUUAUGGCAUGUCUUUUACCAUUUUGAAUGAGUGUCAAGGCACUGAUGACCCUGAACUGGCCAAGUCUUCGCAAGAUACAUAUUGGCUUUACACACAGAUAAUCUUUAUUGCAGUGCUUACGCUUUUGUUUGGAAAACUUACCCACUUAUUCUCAGUAAAAUGGAAAAUAAUAGUAUGUGUGACCAUCUUUGGUCUCCUGUAUUUCCUUUCCUGGUUCUCCAGCUAUGGAUUCACCAAAUACUGGAACUGUAUUAUGAUGAGAAAUCAUGAAAUCACAGAACAACCAAUGAAUCUAGACAAAACUACUUCUAAUAUGUUGAAGGAGGCAGUUUCAUUCAUUGAAAGAAACAAGCAUAGACCGUUUCUUCUCUUUUUGUCCCUCUUACAUGUUCACACCCCACUUAUUACCACAAAGGAGUUUCUGGGAAGAAGCAGGCAUGGCCUAUAUGGAGAUAAUGUAGAGGAAAUGGACUGGAUGGUGGGUAGGCUUCUGGAUGUUAUUGACAAAGAAGGCUUGAAGAACACCACAUUUAUUUAUUUUGCAUCUGAUCAUGGAGGAUCUGUAGAAGCUCACAGAGGAAAUGUCAGAUUGGGUGGAUGGAAUGGUAUCUAUAAAGGUGGAAAAGGAAUGGGAGGCUGGGAAGGAGGGAUCCGUGUUCCAGGAAUAGUUAGAUGGCCUGGAGCGUUGCCUGCAGGCAUAGUUAUCAGCGAGCCAACAAGCAUUAUGGACAUUUUCCCAACAGUGGUUCACCUGGCUGGAGGGAUAGUGCCUCAGGACAGGGUAAUCGAUGGGCGCACCUUGCUGCCAUUACUGCAGGGGACAGUGCAGCACUCCGAGCAUGAGUUCAUGUUUCACUACUGUGGUGUGGUUUUGCAUGCAGUACGGUGGCACCAGAAAGACAGAGGUACCAUAUGGAAAGCUCAUUACGCUACUCCACUGUUCAAACCAGAAGACUCUGGAGCUUGCUUUGAAAGAGGAAUUUGCCCGUGUUUUGGGGAUGGUGUAACCCAUCAUGACCCUCCACUGCUGUUUGAUCUCUCACAAGAUCCUUCAGAGGAAAAUCCCCUAUCCACGGACACUGAGCCUUUGUUUGAUUCUGUAACGAAGAGAAUAGGAAAAGCUGUAGAAGAGCACCGUAAGACGCUGACUCCAGUCCCACAGCAGCUGUCUCCUUACAAUAACGUGUGGAAGCCGUGGCUGCAGCCAUGCUGUGGCACAUUUCCAUUCUGUUGGUGUGAUAAAGAAACCAAGAAAGCCGAUGACACACUUUAAUAUCGAAAUCAAAAUAGAGUUAGUUGAAGAAGAAAAAAAAAAAAGCAAUUUUCACAUUCACAUGCCUACAGCCAUAUAGAGAUAAGGGACAAAUUACACCAGAAUAAUUGAAAGGGACGUUCUUGCUGCUUUUUUGUUCAAUCUUUCUUCAUUAGGCCUGUACUUUCAAGCAGUUUUUAAAGAAAUGCUCCAAACACGCUCUGCUCAUGUGACCUGUAUAUCCUGUGCCUCAAAUGGUUCUAAAUCAAAUACACAGAUAACUGAACCAAAAUGUCUUUCCUUACUAAUUUUCAACUUAACAAAACUAUGAAUGACAAGAGAUUAAACUUGACGUGCUGCUGUUUAUGCAGGUAAUAUGCUUGUUAAGGCAACAGGUCUGUACCCAAGAGGAUCUCUCUUCAAGAUCUUGCCCUUUUAAUGAAAAAGCCGUUGUGUGCUUAACAGCACAGCUGUGCAUUUAAUUUGGAAACACGCCAAAACACGGUGGCCUCAAAGAAAUAAAAACAUUCUAGCUUAUAGCAA